GCAGGCUGAAAACUAGUUCCCUGAAGAGGCUGGAAGAACACUGGACCCUCUCGAAUCUAGCGGGCUAGUCAGAAGCAGCAGCAGGCACAACUUUUACUAGGCUUGUGUUAUUUACUCGAACUGUACAGUGUCCACAGCAAAGUUGAGCAGAAUUCAGCACCGGAGCUGUCCAGUCUCCACGCCUCACAAACAACGCUGUUUGCACGGCUGCGGAAUAUUUGUUUGACGGGGUUCCACACUGUACAGUGACCGCCUUCACUGACGAAAAGCAAACACCUUGAAAUGACUGCUGGCACCGCGUGAGAGGAGCAGAAGUAAAUCGAGUCCCUAGUACCGGAGCACCAUCCCAUUUCCUUCAGCCAUGGGUGUGCUGAUGUCCAAGAAGCAGCAGGUGGAGAAGGUGCAGAAGUGCAGCGCGGUGGUGUCUGCAUUUAAAGACAGUCUGAAGGACCGGCCGGCUCCAGCGGCUGUGGCUCACACUGAAGAGGUCAUAGUCGAGAACGGAGAUGGAUCUGCUGAUGGAUCCCACCAGACUAACAAAGAGCACACUGAACAGAAAGACGAGGACAGCAAACCAGGGUCAUUACCAAAUCAGCAGCCCUCAGCUCUGCCCAGAGAAGAGCAUAAGGCCAAUCAGGAGGCUUGGGGGCGGCUCCGUGAUGGGAAGGGGGUGGAGCCUGAGGAUCUAAAGAAGGCACAUCAGCUCAUUCCUCCUGCGUUUGUGCGGCCAAAGAGAGAGGCCAACGACGACCAACCGGUAGAUGUGCCACUUGAGCAAAGAGAGCAGCCCAUCAACGAUGAGAUAUGCGAGGUGUGUGAGGUCUGGACGGCAGACGAUCUGUUCCCCUGCCGGACGUGCACGCGGGUCUUCCACGACGGCUGUCUGCGGGAGAUGGGUUACCUGAGCACUGAAGCCCUACAGGAGAUGAGAGAGACGGCCCACACCACCAGCGGCUGGAGCUGCUAUUACUGCGAUAAUGUGAACCUGCUGCUUACUGAAGAAGAGAUGUACAGCCUCAUGGAAACCUUCAAACAGUGCAAGAUCAUCCCAGAGUCGUGCCUGGUGUCAGAUGAACUCCUGCAGUACAGGCACUUUGUGACCAAGCAGCUCUUUGAACGAGACUUGACCGAUGAGGAGGAAGAGGAGGUUCUGGCACAGUUUGCAGCUCUGGAUCCAGACAAGAAGGGUCAGAUUGAGUGGUCGGACUUCCUCUACCAUGAGUCACUUUCAGUGCUACAGAAAUUCCGGACCGAGAAUUCUCUGGUGAGAAUCCUCACAGCGAAGGAGAGGGAUCGAACACGGGCCGUAUUUCAGAGUAUAGACCAGGACAAAGAUGGGAUCAUUACUGCCGGAGAAGCCAGAAAAGCCCAAACCUCCUGGUUCCACAAGAUUAAUAAAGAAUCGCAGUCCUGCAGUGUCAGACUCAUGGGAUUGUGUUCCCCUUUGUUCAGUAUGGGUAUCAGCCAUGUUGGUCCAAUAUCCGAGAGCAGCCCUGCCAGUUCCAGCAGUGAGAGAAGCAGGGAUAAAGCCAUGGAGAAUGACAACAGACCGGUUACCUGGGACAACUUCCUGAUGGAGAGUGCUAUCUACAUCCUGGCCGCCAGGCCCAACAGCUCAGCCAUGCACAUCCGUUUGCCACUCUAACCACGGCCACAUGGCCUGAGACUUCCAGAGGGGCUUAACGGGUCCGGGUUUACAAGAGAGUGGUGCUGAGGACUAAACCGAGUCACACCAGAGUCAAACGCAAACGAGUAUGCCACCACACACUAAGACUGUACAAGCCAUCGAUGGAUUCUUCCAAUGGAUUCGACACAAUCUAGUGUCACACUGACAAAUUCAGUGCUACUAAACAAUAGCACAUCUGUCACCACUUCUAGCUUGUAUGAUUUUGAUUCUUGUCUCUCUGUUUCGAUUAGAAAACCUGCUGUGAGAAACAGUUACACAAUAGCAAAUUUACAGCACCUCAGUGUUUGCCUAGUGUUUUUUAUGUUAACGUGUUGUAUCAUUGUUGAGUUGCGGCUCUAGCCGGAUGAGAUGAGAUCGAUGGAUCGAUAUGAGAGCAGCGGUUAAAUCAUAUCUGAUCUAAUUUCAUUCACCACAAAAUAUGAAUAUGAUAUAGUGGGCAACAACAGAGCCACACAGAAAUCGAGUGAGAUGCUAUAUAUAUAUAUAAAGUGAAAUAUUGAAUGUGUAUUUAUUCCCACAUCUUCAGGGAUGGGUUAUGGCAAGGAGCUUCCAGUCUGCCAGGGGCCUAUAGCUACAAGAUGUGAAAACAAAGGAAUAAUUGUAACUGACAGACAAAUUCUACCUGUAAUUAAGAUUCUGAAGUAAGAAGAUGGGCAUACAAUUGAAUUUUCAGCCACCUGACGAAUUGCAUUUGCAAGUCAGAAUUAUGAGAAGGUGUAUUCCUUUUUUUUUAUGUUCAUAUUGUAUUUCUGAGUGAAACAUGAUAUGUAAAAAAAAGUAGGGUGGAAUUUAAUUUGACCUAGGAGGACAUGAUUGGAUUGUGAAAUAGGAUAUUCAAUUCUAAAACCUUGUGAGAUAACAACUUAGGCAGUAUUUCAUGGCACCAUAGGCAUGUUACUGAAACAAAAUCUGUUCUAAAAUGUACAUGCAGCAUAAAUGAGCAAAUCAACAGUGAACAUUUUAUAAAAAAGAUAAAAUAAAAAAAUAAAAUAAAAAAAGGAUGAUUUUACCCAAUAUUUGUUAUAUUUAUGUUUAUUUUCGAGUAUUAAUUAACUAGCUGACCAUAAUAAAAAAAUUUGCAAACGCUAUUGAAAUGUUGAAAUUGAGUUAGGUCUCAUAAUUAUGAUAUAUUCUAAGAACAUUGUCACUUUUUAAUAGUUAUGAUUCAGAACUAAAAACACAAAAAAAUUAUUAAAAUUCAUUAUUUUAUCCUAAUGCAUUUUUAGCUUAGGAACAUACUAAUUCCAAACAACUGAAAUUAAUUGAGUCAAGUCAUAAUUAAGAUAUUCCACUGACUAUUUUACCAUUAUCAUUGAUUUACAAUACUAAAAUUAAUUAAAAAAAAGUAUAUAAUAUCUAAUUAAAAUAAAUUGUUUACUCAAUAUUUUUGUUUUUAAAUCAGUUUUGAGUCAGGUUUCUGCAAGAUACCUCGUUUGAUUUUGAAGUAUGAUUAUUUCAGUGGUGAUAUAAUCUGAAAGAUUAUAAAAGAAUUAUAAUUAGAGAUCUCUGAUCUGUUUUACCCAAAUAUUUGUUAGAUAUUUUUAUACCUGUUAGAGUAUCCUGUUGUUAGCUUAGCAUCCUGCUAAUGCCAGACUCUGUUGAAAUCAACUGUGAGUCAUGUAUAUCCUGUGUGCUUCUUUCAGUAAUCAUAUUAGUUUCUAUAAAAAACAAAUCAGACUGGUCACUUUUAAGGUUUCACAUCAGGCUUCUGUCUUAAAACAAAGCAACUCACUAUGCUGAUAUUAAGUCUCACUUUUAAAUAGCAAAAGUAAAUGGAAUGGAAUGUAAAACCACAAUUACAAUAUAUAAGAUAACGUUUAUAUAAAUAUUUGAAUCCCUAUGUAUAAGAUAACAAAGCAGGGCCUGUAAGGUUCAGAAUCAUUCCUUGCACACCUGUCAUGACUUGUUGUUUUAUUUUUGAUUUGAUGUUUCUUUUAACUCACUAGUUUCAGUUGUAUUCUACUGGAUCUGUAAAAAUGUGACACACAUAGAAGUGACAUUACUCAGUGUUUCGCUAAAACAGCUGAUGCAAAUAUGCAAUCUUCCAAAACACUCAUUGAAAUGCUAAUUUAAAGGCAAGAGCCAUCAAAAUGUUGAUAACCAGGUUUAGAACCUACUGCCUAAAAGCAAAAAAUCUCACAGAUUUUCCUUCCUUGUUUAUUCAUGUUGAAUUUGUUCUUAGAUCCAGUGCAGAUGAAAACACUUUCUAAUAUAUAAAGCUUUUUUUAUUUGUUGGCGUAAAUGAUGCACACUCCUGUAAAAUGGCAUCUGGUUUUACACUCAUUUAUCAAACUGUAUGAGAGGUAUGAAACAUAUUGUUUAUACGGUCAUAUCCACUGUAUAUGCUAAGGCUAAAGUAAAUUUGUGCUGGAUUGCUCAAAGCAAUUAUUUGAAGGGACUGUGCAAUACUCUGAGUUUUGCUGGUAGUGCUGGAAAUAAAUGCAUGACAUUAACUUCAAAAAUUACA